CGUUCACAUCCGAAGACGACUGACUGCCUGAGCUUUGCGCUUACCCCUGGGCUUUAGGGUGCACACUUAAAUGGAGUUUAUCCCAUAUAGCCAACAAUACUCCCUCUGUAGUUCCCCAAAGGCCAUAAUUCCCUAAAAGCCAAGCUCUGCCAUUUCAGCUAUUUACGUGGGGAAGUAACUCGACAAGGACCGGGAAGCCAUCAAGGGGUUAUGGCAGCUAUGUCAGAGCGUCGCUCACAGUCGCCUGACACACGAGAUCAGACAGAACAAGAUGGCAUUGUCGACAUUGAGCAGGAGGACCAAAAGGGCGGCGACAACGUUCCCGGGCAAGAAGACGACGCUCAGCAGCAUGACACGCCGGACCGCUCACGCAGCCCUGCCUAUGUUGCACCUAUUCCAAAGAUCGGCAGCAUUCCACAUGUUUCCCCUGGAAUAGAAAUAUCCGCGACGGACCGGCCAUUUCUCCCCCGUCUGAUAGGCUCCCUCCUCGUUGGGAAGGUGGUUAACGAGGAUGGCGACAUUGUAGACGAGAACUCCGGGCAGGUCCUAGCUCGCACUGCGGGUGAUCUGCCCUCAAUGGUUGGGCGAAGGAUAUCUAAUGCUCAGGGCGACAUUCUGGGAGACAAUGGGGAACUUCUGGGUUAUGUCGCCGACAUCGAGUGGGGAUUGGCUCGUCCGCCACCAACAGCGUCGCCGCGCAGUUUGUUUGAUGUAAUGGGUCGCGCAAGAAGUUCCCUGAUGGUCGACCACCUGGGAAACAUUCUUGACCCGAGCGGCAACGUUGUCGGGAAGUUUCUUGACAAGAACAACCCGCUCCACCGCAGGGAGAAGGAGGAGAGAGAAGCCCGUGAACGGAUGGAAGCCCUUCCCAAGGACGAUCCGGAGAAGCAGCCCCCGCCUGCGACCGCAGCACAUCCCCAACAGCAGCAGGAGCAGUCCCAAUCAGCACCUCCACAUGGCCAGCAGCGGCCGAGGAGAACAGAAGAGGAGAGGAGGCAAAACGCUGAAGCGUGGAGAAAAGAGAACCCGAACGAGAGCCCGUCCGAUAUCUUCCUGGAUGUUAAGUCGACGAGGGAGGGCAUCCAGCUUACCAUCAGGAUCCCGACCACGUUUAACGGCCAGCAAUCCACACCACAUAUCUCGUUUUCGUGAUAACUUCGGGGAAAGGAGGAUAAAUGACGGAGGCGUAAAACGGAGGUCUAAUGACAGUAGAACCUGUUGCGGAUGACACUGGACGAUUGGAUAUGUUAGCAACUCGAAGGGAUACUUGUAACUUCAUACAUAGGGGUGACAAUGUGUGUACCUCACUCAAUAAUCUUGAAGCCACAUUGGCAGAAGUCUUUGGGGAUGGAAUCAAGCAGAGACCCCCUAGAGUUAGACUCAUCCAACAAAGACGGGCGAGGCGCAUGAGUGAAGAGGAUGCAGUGUGUCAAUCAAGCCAACCCGCGGGAUAUGCAUACCUACCGUACCUAUCCUGUCGUUCAAAGCAGGUUUUCAACUGCUCCGGAGGAUGGCACACGCAAGCCACUUGGCGCCCCCGUCAUGUAAUAUGACGUUUCACCUUUGAGUCCAGCACACAGAGCCUUCCGCAUCGCUG